AUGUCGGAGACUGAAUCGGCGGCAGUGGCAGCGACGCCGGACCCGGCGGCUGCAGCGGAGCCGAAGCCUCGGCGGCUGCGGGGGCACAAGAAGGGCGCCGUCACCUGCUGCGUCGCCUCCUCCGCCCGCCCGGGUGUCGUCGCGUCCUCCGGCGAGGAUGGAUGUCUUUGCUGGUUUGAUCUGCGCACCAAAGAUGUACUUUUGACCAUGGAGGCAGCAAAUAAACCAAUUUCUUCAAUUUGCUUUAAACCAGGAAAUGAAGAUUGUGUGUAUAUCUCUGCUGGAAAUGAAAUAUUGUCCUUUGAUGUUCGUAUGGGAACUCAAUCAAAGCCAUUAGAGACGUAUAACUACAAUAGAGAUGAAAUCAAUCAGAUUGCUGUCAGCUCUAAAGGUUUUCUCGCUGCUGCAGAUGAUAGUGGGGAUGUUAAGAUUGUCAAUACCAUUCAGAAGUGCCUGUAUAAAAGAAUAAGGGAAGCCCACACAAGUAUUUGCAGCAGCGUGCAAUUCAUUCCUUGGAGACCUUGGACAGCAAUUACUGGUGGUCUCGACUCAAAGCUCGUUGCAUGGGAUUUCUCCAAAGGACGAACACUGUUUUCUAUUGAUUAUGGAUCACCUGAAUUGCAAAAUGGCAGUUCUUCCGGUAGUGCAGGGCAAUGUUUCAACCCUGCUUUUGUUCAUUCAGUAGAAGUUUCUGAAGAGGGUAUUUUGGGAGGGCUCUACAAGUCUUUCCCAACAAUUGCUCAGAAAGUUCUAUCUUGUGAUGAGGAGGGUAUUUCUGCAAAAAUUCCAGGUGUGCACCUCUUCUGUUCUCCGCGGCAAGGCUUUCCACGCUCAUUUUGGUCGGCCCUCAUCAGAUCAGAAGCCAACGGGAACGGCGUGGCGUCGCCAGACAUGGUCAGCAAGCAUAGCAAGGAGGAGCUCAUUGCUUUCUUCAGAGACAUUCAGACCUCCAUUGCCGAGAGCUCGCCUAAAGCUUCCAAGAGGACGAGGAAGCAGCCACCUGAUCCGUUAAAAGAGGUUCACAGGAGGGAGCAGUCACACGGUAGAGGAGACGGUGGCGCCGGCGAUGUUUCAGAGGAACGACAGAGGAAAGUGAUGAAUCUGGAGGACAUGAACGUGGCCGACUUGAGAGAAUUGGCGAGGGCGAGAAGGAUGAGGGGUUACUCCAAGCUAAAGAAGGGCGAGCUCAUUGAUCGGUUGAAAGGGGUUAUGCAAUAA